AUGGAGGGAUCUGUAGCAAACACUCAACAAGGCAUGCAAGAAUUUCCCACACGCAAAGCCAUCGCUGUUUGUGGGUGUGGCAAUGAUGGCCGUCUUGGGUUGGGAUCGUGUGAUUCACAAAAUCGUAUUACUCUCAUUCCAUUCUUUUUGGGUGGCACCAACAGUACUGAUACUACUAAUAGUAAUAACAAUGAGAAAAAGAAUAAUCAUGAUGGGAAUAUGCCUGGAAUCAUACAAACUUUACGUGUAGGUGGAUAUCACAACUUUGUAAUCACUACAACAGGUGUAUAUGGAUGGGGACUAAAUGAAAAUGGACAACUCGGUCUUGGUCGUGGUACCGCUGCGUCUGUACUGCAACCCACACGUAUUAAUUUCUUUGAUGAACAUCCCGUUAUUGAUAUUUCAUGCGGUGCCUAUCAUACCUUUGCGUGGACAGUCGAUGGACUCUUUGCGUGUGGUAAGAAUGACGAGGGUCAACUUGGUCUAUCUACAGAUAGCGAUUAUAUGGAAUUCACAAUGGUUUUGAACGCUACUCAAAUCAACAAGAAUAAGAAGGAGGAGGAGGAGGAAGAGGAGAAGAAGAAAACUACUAUCAAUAAGACAACUGGGGAAUCUUUAGGAGAAUGUCGUUUGAUUAAACGAGCCCAACUGACACAUUUGAGUUGUGGAACCCAUCAUACAUUACUUGCAUUUCGUGAUGUUGAGAUAACAGCAGAAGAGGAGGAAACGGAAAUAGAAAAAGAAACGGAAUAUGAGAAGGAAAGACGACGACAACACUUCCCACUUCUUAUUCUAGCAACCGGAAAAGGUGAUUUUGGUGAACUCGGAUAUGAUGGAGACACGUGGUCAAUACUUCAGGCAAAGGCAAAAAGAAUGCAAUCGGCACUUCAAGUGGAGAUACAACAACAUCAUCAACAAAAAGGUCUUGAGAAUAAUACUGUUUCUGAUUAUCCAGAAUUAAUAGAAAAAAAAUGGAAACCUCUUAAACAACGUCGAGCAGCGUUCUCUUCUACACGUUUUCAACCUGUGCGUCUACCUAUGAUAGUUGAACCCUCUGUAAUCCCAUCAAGUGUAUAUCCUCUUGAGAUUAUUAGUCUUCAUGCAAUGCAUUUACACUCCAGUGUAGUUUUUCGAGAUACUUCUCCAGGAAAAGAUAAUACAUACUUAGAUAUAAAUACAGGACGUAUGAGAACUUUCCAUUGGGGAUGCUACUAUUGUAACCAGGUUGAGGAUGAAGCCUCAUCUAUUCCAAGGGAAGAGGAGGAAAAGAGUGGUGUUUCUCUGCAUGCUGGAAAUGAAACGAUUUUCCGUUACCCAAUGAAUUCAACGUCAAGUAGUAAAGUUGAAGUGAUGGGAAGUGGUAUACUUGGAUUGGGUGAAGAAGACUCAUUUGAAACAACAUGGGUCUCACUCCCACUUCCUCAUCAGGUAGAAGAUCUUCCUGUCCGUACUAUUGAUGGGAGGGAACAUUACCUUAUACUACUAGGAAAUAGAAUGGUACUUGGAUUUGGUGAUAACAUGCAUGGACAACUUGCUCUUGAUGAUAGUUUUGAUGUUGUCCUAAGUCCCACUACUGUGAUUCAAGUAGGUGAUAAAGUGAAAUGUCCCCCUCUUCCUUAUUCCUCCUCUACUAGUACUUCCCACACUAAUAAUACUAGUACUAAUACUUCCUCAGAUACACUUUGGACAGUAGAGAGUAUUUGUGAUAUGGCAUGUGGGUUGCGUCACUCUGUCUUCGUUGUGGAGGUCCGCCCAAGUACAUAG